AACCAGGAUGCCCUCCAAGCAGUUUUAAGGGAAAUAGCCCACGCUUUCCGAGAUGCCACUGCUGGAGCUGCUGCCGCCCCAAGAACCCCCGUUCAUGAAACUAACUUAGUACGUGUGGAACCAUUUUUUGGUACUGAGGAAGAGGAUCCUCUUGAAUGGGUCGAACUGUUCGAUCGAGCCGCCGAUGCGAAUAAUUGGACUCCCGGAAGAAAGACUAAGAUAGCCUCUGGGUAUCUGCGAGGCGUUGCCGCCAACUG